AUGGGAGAGGCUGUUGGAGGUGGGUUUUGGUUUUGGGGUGCUGUCAGCAUUGGGUAUGGGGUGGGGGACCACUGGAGUAGGGGAAAGGGAUUUGGGGGCAUCGUUGGAGCUGCGGGUGGGGGAUUGUCGGAGCAAGAGGUGGGUGUUGGGGGCACCGUCAAAGUAGGGGAAGCGGUUGGAGGCAUCACUGGAGCUGGGAAAGGGGUUGGAUUCAACGAGAAGAUGUUGGGG